UUCACCGUGAAGGUUAGGCAGGCUCCUGUUCCUCGUCAAAGAGCAUCUGUUCUGGUGAAUGUUUUAGUCUUCGACUUAAAAAAUGACAAUGGGAAGGCAUUUUGGAUGGCAAAAACAAAUUCUUCUACUAGCAGUUUUGCCCUGCUGUUGGAGUGUGCAAGUGUCUAUCAAAGAAAAGGAAUACAGGGUGGCAAAAGGAGAUGAUGUUACACUGACCUGUUCCUUCAUCCCUGCUAAGCCUAUAACAACUAACUUUGUCCUGGCAUGGGACACUGUGGGCAUCCCAUCGAAACCAGUGGCCUCCUUCUUUAUGAACAGUCCUGUUGACAUCGCUCCAUCAUAUGAAGGAAGAGCCACCCUGGAGGUUGAUGUUGACGGGGGAUUGGCGAAGCUCCACUUAAAACAGUUGACCAUGGAAGACAGUCGCCAUUAUCAAUGCAGCGUCAGAAUCCCCAAUGAUGAUGAGGGAACACCGAUCGCUUCCACUUCUGUUUUAGUUCUUGAGCCUCCCUCUAAACCAGUAUGCACACUUCAGGGACAAGCACAGUAUUUCACUGACAUCACACUCACCUGCAAGUCUGAGGAGGGUUCCCCAGCUCCGGUCUAUACCUGGACGAGCUACAGUAUUGAAAACAUUCCCAGACAAUUUCCCCCAAAGACAACACAGGAGGAUGGAGUUCUGUCUCUCUUCAAUAUUACAAGGGAGACGUCUGGCUUCUUUAUCUGUCUUUCGAAAAAUACCAUUGGUUCUGCAAGCUGCAACUUUACCUUAGCUGUCAUGCCACCCAGUAUGAGCUUUGCAUCCACUGGAAUUAUAAUUGGAGCAGUUGCUGCUGGACUUCUGGUUCUGGGGAUUCUCAUUUUCUGCUGCUGCAGAAGAAAGAAUAAAAACGAGGCUGAUGACGAGGGUCCCCAUGGAGAUAAGGUGUAUUACGACAAAGAAGGUCCUGAAGCGGGAGAGCCAUACACGGAUGACAAGUCAAACACUGAAAAGAAGAAGUCUAAUCAGAAUGAAGUCAAAUACAUUGCUCCUCAAAGCGAUUACACCACAGGUGGAGCAGGAAAGACAUUUGAUGAUGACCAGGAGAGUUACAGAAGUGGUUUAGAAAGGCACGACGGAAAGGGAAGUGACAUAGAUUCCCAGCGUUACCAAGGAGAUCGGAAGGAUUAUUAUCGUGGAAGUCGGGAUCGUCUUGACGACCAACGAGAUCGCCAUGGCAGCAGAGAUCGUCUUGAUGACCAACGAGAUCGCCAUGGCAGCAGAGAUCGUCUUGACGACCAACGAGAUCGCCAUGGCAGCAGAGAUCGUCUUGACGACCAACGAGAUCGCCAUGGCAGCAGAGAUCGUCUUGAUGACCAACGAGAUCGCUACGGAAGUCGGGAUCGUCUUGACGACCAACGAGAUCGCUACGGAAGUCGAGAUCGCUACGGAAGUCGGGAUCGUCUUGACGACCAAAGAGAUCGCUACGGAAGUCGGGAUCGUCUUGACGACCAAAGAGAUCGCUACGGAAGUCGGGAUCGUCUUGACGACCAAAGAGAUCGCCGUGGCAGUAGAGAUCGACUUGACGAUCAACGUGAUCAAGACUUGUACCGUGGUAGUCGCGAUCGCAUUGACUACUGAGAUGAGUAAUAUGCAUAUGUUUAAUGUUGACUUACUGAGUACUCUUCAGAAAAGAGUACUCAGUAAGUCUCAGUCAUUGUCUCCUUGGGCAAGACGCUUCACCUUCUUUGCCUGCUGCAGGUGGUCAGAGGGCCUGGUGACACUGACACUGUCAGGCUGCCCCAGACCAGCUGUGGCUACAAGGUAGCUCCUCGCCAUCUCUGUUUGAAUGACUGAAUGUAGAGUAAAGCACUUUGGAGUCCUCUGACUGGAUAAAGAUCUAUACAAGUACAGGUUAUUACCCUUUGACCCUCUAAGCUUGUGGCAUAAAGAAAGGUACUAUUGUCCAUGGAUGCCUAAUGUCUUAAAAGGGAUUUUUUUUUUUACAUUUAAGACUCAGCAAUAAUUUAGUUUAACAUAAUUAAUGUUUGUGAUCCAGACGUACUGAACUCCCCUACAUGAAAAUCACAAUUUAUAGCUGGUCAUUCUUGGUGGCUCGUCUUCCUAUAAUUAAAUGCCAAUUAGGGCAAAGUAAAUAUAAAGUGGAUGAAUUCACUAUUUAGAAUAGUUUUGUAUGCUAAAAUUGUGCACGAAAUGCAGAAACUGAUCACACGUGUAUAAUUAGUAUAAUUAUCCACCAGUCGGUGGCAUAAUAUUACAGCCACUGAAAGGAAGAGUGAAUCAUUUGUUUCAUUAUGCAUCCAAUCCACAGUAGGAUCCACAGUGGUUUGUAAAAAUCUCCACAUCCUGAGAAAAUUACAACUUUUUGUGAUGUGAAAUUUGAUUGUUUUUCAGUUGAAUUACACAGGAUAUGUCGCAUUAGCUGUGGAAAAGGUUUUGAAGUGAUUUGCAAUGCUGUCAGUCCUGUAUUUCAACAAUGGUGUAUAUUAUUUGGGUGUCUCUGCAAGAUGCAGUAAGGAGAAAUUCAAUGCUCAAAGCUACUUUAUUGAAAGCUGAAAAUAUUGGCGUGCUUAGGGACUCCAAAAACUGAUCACUACAUGACUGGCUCAAAGCAUCUCUAAAACUUCUGCUCUUACUGCACUAGGUCUGCAGUGGUCAGUGUCUGUCAAAAGUGUAGAGGAGUGGGGCGCUUCUGCAGCUCAGAUUGUUAAAGACAUUAAUUGUUCUUAUUGGAAAGUGUCAAAACACAUAGUGGAUUUGAGUUUGUUGCUUGCAAAGAAAUAGAUGAGGGAUGAUUAUGGCAUAAAUGUUAUGUUUGCAUGUUGUAUAGCCUGUUUGUUAGAAAAAGUUUUUAUACUAAACUCUUUAAUCGUGUUAGUGCAAAGAGCCAUGGUUAGUGUAUGUGGAAACUAGACUGUCAACCUACAGAAUCAAUUAUACGGUAUACUGAAAUUUUAAAUGAUUAAUUAAGGUUUUGCAUUGAUGAAUGUAUU